AUGAGCAAGUCGACCGACCUUUCGCCUACGUCCAGCAAUGUGGACUUAAAGGAAUCGAUCGAUACUUCUAAGAUGACCCCUCAAGAAAUCAAACUGUUAAAAAUGUACGGCAAACUGCCAUCCAAAAAGGAUCUUUUCAAGCAUAAGCUGCAUGAAAGAAAGUACUUCGACAGUGGGGACUAUGCACUAAACAAAGCAGGCGUAAAAUCGGACGAUUUGCAAUCGAACUCAAUAGGAAACAGCCAUCUGCCAGUAACGAAUCCUAGCGGUCUAAGAGAAAGCAUCAUCAAACGAAGGCUCAGCAGUAGUGCGGGGGCGAUAGAUGCGCAAGAAUUGCAAAGACAGGGAAGCAUAUCCAGCGGGCCUCCGCCAAGAUCCCCCAACAAGUGA